GGGGAGAAGAGAGCUGAAGUAAUGAGAAGAUAUCAUGGAGGCCCAGUCCCACAGCUCCACGACUACUGAGAAGAAGAAGGUUGAGAACGCCAUUGUGAAAUGCUCCACUCGCAGCGAUGUCAGUGAGAAAGCUGUUGCCUCCAGCACCACGUCCAACGAGGAUGAAAGUCCUGGGCAGACCUAUCACAGAGAGAGAAGAAACGCAAUCACCAUGCAGCCGCAGAGUGUCCAGGGACUGGGCAAGGUCAGCGAAGAGCCUUCAACGUCCAGCGACGAGAGGGCUUCACUGAUCAAGAAGGAGAUCCAUGGGUCCAUCCCGCACCUGGCCGAGCCCUCCGUCCCUUACCGCGGGACAGUGUUUGCCAUGGACCCCCGGAAUGGGUACAUGGAGCCGCACUACCACCCUCCUCAUCUCUUCCCUGCAUUCCACCCUCCUGUGCCAAUCGAUGCAAGACAUCACGAGGGGCGAUACCAUUAUGAUCCUUCGCCUAUUCCUCCGUUGCAUGUGCCUUCUGCUUUAUCAAGUAGCCCAACGUACUCAGACCUCCCCUUCAUUAGGAUCUCUCCACACCGGAACCCCACUGCAGCCUCAGAGUCCCCGUUCACGCCGCCGCACCCCUACAUUAACCCGUACAUGGACUACAUCCGCUCCCUGCACAGCAGCCCUUCGCUGUCAAUGAUCUCAGCAGCGCGGGGCCUGAGCCCCACUGACGCCCCCCAUGCUGGAGUCAGCCCAGCGGAAUACUAUCACCAGAUGGCGCUGCUGACAGGUCAGCGCAGCCCCUAUGCAGACAUCCUUCCCUCAGCCGCCACCGCGGGGGCCGGCGCCGUCCACCUGGAGUACCUCCAUGCCAUGGACAGCGCCAGAUUCCCCAGCCCCAGGCUGUCAGCCAGGCCAAGCCGGAAGCGUACCCUGUCCAUAUCACCACUGUCCGAUCAUAGCUUUGACCUUCAGACCAUGAUAAGGACAUCUCCCAACUCGUUGGUCACAAUUCUCAAUAAUUCCCGUAGCAGCUCUUCAGCAAGUGGCUCCUAUGGCCACUUAUCUGCAAGUGCAAUCAGCCCGGCCUUGAGCUUCACCUACCCGUCUGCACCUGUGUCUCUGCAUAUGCAUCAACAAAUCCUAAGUCGACAGCAAACCUUGGGCUCGGCCUUUGGACAUAGCCCUCCGCUCCUCCACCCUGCCCCGACUUUCCCAACACAGAGACCUAUUCCAGGGAUCCCUACCGUUCUGAACCCAGUCCAGGUCAGCUCGGGCCCUUCAGAGUCUUCACAGCAGCACAAGCCCACCAGUGAGUCAGCCGUGAGCAGCACUGGCGACCCCAUGCACAACAAGAGGUCCAAGAUCAAACCUGAUGAAGAGCUCCCCAGCCCGGGUGCCCGCAGCCAGCAGGAACAGCCAGAAGGAACCACCUUAGUGAAGGAGGAAGGGGACAAAGACGAAAGCAAGCAGGAGCCCGAAGUCAUCUACGAGACCAACUGCCACUGGGAGGGCUGCACCAGGGAGUUUGAUACCCAGGAGCAACUGGUGCACCAUAUAAAUAAUGACCAUAUCCACGGGGAGAAGAAGGAGUUCGUGUGCCGGUGGCUGGAUUGCUCCCGGGAGCAGAAACCCUUCAAAGCCCAGUACAUGCUGGUGGUGCACAUGAGAAGGCACACAGGAGAGAAGCCUCACAAAUGCACUUUUGAAGGUUGUACAAAGGCCUACUCGAGACUGGAGAACUUGAAAACCCAUCUGAGGUCGCACACUGGCGAGAAACCGUACGUCUGUGAGCACGAAGGCUGCAACAAGGCCUUCUCCAAUGCCUCCGACCGCGCCAAGCACCAAAACAGAACGCACUCCAACGAGAAACCGUACGUGUGCAAGAUCCCAGGCUGCACGAAGCGCUACACCGACCCCAGCUCCCUCCGGAAACACGUGAAGACAGUUCACGGCCCAGAGGCCCACGUCACCAAGAAGCAGCGUGGAGACAUACACCCUCGGCCCCCGCCGCCGCGUGACUUUGGCAGCCACCCCCAGGCCAGGUCGCCCGGCCGGCAGACUCAGGGAGCCCCCGGGGAGCAGAAGGGCAUCAGCAACACUACCUCAAAGCGCGAAGAAUGCCUCCAAGUGAAAGCGGUCAAGGCCGAGAAGCCCAUGACAUCUCAGCCAAGCCCUGGUGGUCAGUCUUCAUGCAGCAGCCAACAGUCCCCCGUCAGCAACUAUUCCAACAGUGGGCUCGAGCUUCAUCUGACCGAUGGAGGGAGUGUAGCAGACCUCAGCGCCCUCGAGGAAACCCCAAUCAUGGACUCAACCAUCUCCACUGCCACCACCGCCCUCGCUUUGCAAGCCAGGAGAAAUGCCACAGGGCCCAAAUGGAUGGAGCACGUGAAGUUGGAAAGGCUAAAACAAGUGAAUGGAAUGCUUCCGAGACUGAACCCCAUUCUACCCCCCAAAGCCCCUGCGGUCUCUCCUCUCAUAGGAAACGGUGAGUUUCAGGGCUGGUCCAGCGAGGCCAGCCAGUGCGACGGGUUGCCCAGCCUGCUCAGCCUCACGCCGGCCCAGCAGUACCGCCUGAAGGCCAAGUAUGCUGCGGCCACCGGCGGGCCGCCACCCACGCCCCUGCCCAACAUGGAGAGGAUGAGCCUGAAGACGCGCAUGGCCCUGCUCGGGGACGGCCGGGAGUCCGGGGUCCCCCUGCCCCCGGUCAACCCUCCUCGAAGAUGCAGCGACGGGGGCACUCACAGUUACGGCCGGCGCCAUCUGCUCCCGCGGGACGCGCUGGGCAACAGCGUGCGAAGAGCCAGCGACCCGGUGAGGACGGUGUCCGAGAGCCUGUCCCUGCCCAGGGUGCAGCGUUUCAACAGUCUCAGCAGCUGCAGUGCCCCGGUGUGGCCGCCGGCCGCGGAGAAGCGAACCCUGGCGCUCCAGAACUACACGCGGCCCGAGGGCAGCCAGUUCCGCAACUUCUACACGUCGCCCUGCCCGCCGAGCAUCAGCGAGAACGUCACCCUGGAGGCGCUGCCCAUGGAGGCGGACGCCAGCCUGAAUGACGACGACCUCCUGCCGGAUGACGUGGUGCAGUAUCUGAAUUCGCAGAACCAAGCAGGCUGUGAGCAGCACUUCCAGGCCAGCAUCCUGGAGGAGGCCAAGGGGCCCCACGCGCCCGGCCUGGGCAGCGUGCACAGUGAAUUCGACCCGCCGCCGCUGCCCGACAGCCACGUGGGCCAGCCGUACCGGGGCCUCGAGCCGCCGUGCGCAGACGGCAGGAAGAGCGACCUGCCCAUCCAGUGGAACGAGGUCAGCUCCGGGAGUGCCGAGCUGUCCACUUCGAAGCUCAAGUGUGGCCCGCGCGCCCCGCUGCCGCAGGCUCGGGCGUUUGGCUUGUACAACAACAUGGUGGUCCAGCAGCAGCCUCCGCUGCGGAACGGGGCCUGCGCCGCCGCAGGCGGGUACCCUGGGCUCGGGGAGAACAGCGGCUCCUACGGGAGCCCCGAGCACUUGGUGAUUCAUGGUGGUGGUGGCGGCGGCAGCAGCAAUGGGAAGGGCUUUCACGAACAGCCCUACAAGGCCCCACAGUAUGGGAGCUGUCUAAACAGGCAGCCAGGCCCUCCUGGCCCCCUGGACAGUGCCUGUGGUUCUGGGGUUCAAGGAUCCAAGCUGAAAGGGGUCAUGGUGCCAGGGAAUGGAAGCCAGGCCAAUUUCGGCGUGCCAGUGGCCCCUGGGGAGUCAGUUGGUAACACGGUGACUGGCCUGCCAAACCAAGAUCUGGUGGGACAAGGGUACCUCGCUGCCCCGCUCAUUAGCGACAACAUGCACCACCAAGGUGGGGGCCGCUCUGGGCAGGGGGUGCUAGGGCAGGUAAGCGCUACCUCACAAGCCAGUGUCUAUCCAGGGCCAGAGAGCUGUCUCACUGGGCUGCAGAGCCUCAGCAUGCAGCCCUCCAGUGUGGCCGUGAGCAGGGGCUUCCAGCAGUGUACUAGCUUCGGGGGCAACCGGCGCCCAUUGGGCCCCAGGGGGAGCCUGGCUCUGCAGCAGGGGCCCGUCAGUGACCCCAGUCAGACCUGCAGGGUGGAUAGCAUCAAGAUGGAAAUGCAGGGGCCGCCCCAGCAGCUCUGUGGAAAUCUACAGAAUUACUCUGGUCAGUUCUAUGACCAAACCAUGGGCUUCGGUCAGCAAGACACUAAAGCUGACUCCUUCAUGUCCGAAGCCACCUGCCUGCUCCAGGGAGCCAGCGGCGCUGAAAACUCCGAGUUAUUGUCCCCAGGUGCUAACCAGGUGACAAGCACAGUGGACAGCCUGGACAGUCAUGACCUAGAGGGGGUGCAGAUUGAUUUUGAUGCUAUCAUCGAUGACGGGGACCACGCCAGCCUGCUGUCAGGAGCCCUGAGCCCGAGCAUCCUUCAGAACCUUUCCCACAGCUCCUCCCGCCUCACCACUCCCCGAGCGGCCCUCCCCUUCCCAGCGCUGUCUGUGAGCACCACCAACAUGGCCAUCGGGGACAUGAGCUCUUUGCUGACCUCCCUUGCAGAAGAAAGCAAAUUCCUGGCAGUUCUGCAGUAGGCAUUUGGAAAAAGGACAGCAAACCUGCAUAAACUGUAGGAGGUUAACAGAUGAAAUGGACCCUUCUGUUGUGUUGUUUUGUUUUCUGAGUCCUGUGCGUGUUCCUUCCGGAGCUGGUGGCACGGGGUUAAAGUCCUUGGGUGCUGACUGAAAGGUCGCAGGAGGUUCAAACCCACCAGCAACUCCGCGGGAGAAAGAUGUGGCCUGCUGCUUCCA